AUGUUGGGAUGUACUUGUGUCCGCAAUAUGUUUGCUGGACUGAGUACAUUAUUAAGAGCAGCCGGUAGUUGCGUGGAAUGGGACGACCCAACAGUCCAAAACCUCUGUCGUGGACUUGCCGGGUACUAUGUAGUGAUUCUAUCGAUUAUAUUACUAGCAGAUGGCUACCUUUUCCUGGUCUUUCUGGGAAUCGGCUUUAUAUGGGGUACAAUCUCCAAGAACAAUAGCAACCCACCAACAUCUCACAUAACCGAUGCAUCGGAGUAUCAUGUAGAACAUCUUGCUGUGGAUGAACCAUUGUCUGAGGCUGCAUUCGUUAACGAGUACAAAACUCUGGAACUUUUCUACCCUCCUCUUACGAAUGCAUGCACGCAGUUAAUUGAAUAUUUCCUGGAGGAGUUCGUAGUAAGCUGGUGGAAACCCCUCAAUGAACAUGGCAGCCCAGAUUUUCUGGAUAGUAUACGGGCACGUCUCAAUGGAUCUGUAUCCCGCCUGGAAAAGAUGUUAAUAAAACAGAAGCGCAAUGAUUUAGUCAUGGCAACGGUAUUUGGAGUAGCCAAUACACUUAUUAUCCACAUGAGAGAGUGUAAAGCUUACGAAGUUGCAGAUGUACCUUUGGAUAUCUAUGUUGAAGAACACCCCCAGUCUCCUUUUGCUCAGCUAUUAUCAAGGGCUGAGCAGCAAAAUCAGAUGCGAGCACUCAGCUCCACUAUUCUUCGCCGCAUGUUACCCAAGACAGAUACCGAUUCGGGUGUGGUUAUGCGCCUCUUGAGAGAGUUGCUUGCGACGCACCUCUUUGGGAAUAUUUUACAUGCGUGUAGCGAUCCUGAUUUUAUAAACAGUUGGAUAGUACACUACCUUGCCAAAGACCAGCCCAUGGUUGCUACUGAAGACAAUACUGAUACAGAAGGAGAUAUAUUCAGAGAUGUAGUUGAAAAGGCGACUGAGCAUGUAAUUGCCUCGCAGGCUGCAGAUAUUGAACCUUCGAUUUCUUCCAACAUUUCAAUUAACACCAAUGUGGAAAAGAUGAUACCAAGACAACUCGUGUAUGCUCAUGGAACGAUCAAUUUCAGUGUGAUGGACAACUCGCCCGAUCAGGGUGACCGGAUUGAUAAAGAAACCCUGAGUUUUAUUAUCCAGAUUGAACGGCCAGCGAUGGAAGAGACGUCUGUAUCCGAGGGUGGAGGGUAUGUUAUUACCCGUACUUAUCCAGACUUCGAGGUGUUUCAUGCGAUCCUUCUGGCAAAUAAUCCCAAGCGUGUGGCUCGGCUUGGACUGCGUCUCCCAUUGGACCGUGCACGUUCCUGGCUAAAGCGAGGGAACCAAGCCUCUGCAGCGGGACCAGUUGAUUCGCAGUCCAUUGGAGAUUCGCUUGAACGGUACCUUCAGCUGGUUGUGGCAGAUGAUGAGCUUGGGUGUGAGCCUGCUAUUGUUGGCUUUUUGGCCAAAGAGAGAGGUGAUUCAGAAAGCUCUUUUGCGGAUUCGUACGGUGGCAGCAGUAACAAUAGCGGUGAAGAUUCGGUGGUCAAUUCCCCCACAAUAUCUGUUUCAUCGCCCAGCCAACUCAGUGUCAGUCGGGCGAUUUCUCGGUUCACUUCCACAAGGUCCAAGCGCAAGAUGGGACAGGAAAGCCCGACGCAAGGACCAUUAAUUCCGAGUGCGACUGUGGAAGAAGAAGUAGUGGCUCCGGUUGUAUCGAUAGUUCCGACGGGAAUAGAAAAAAAGGCCGAGGGGGAGACGCUGUCUCCUGAUGAUGUUGAGUUAUUGAUUGAGACGACAUUUGCGUUAGUGGUAGAGAUGUUUGAUUUGACGACGACGAACAACAAGGCUUGGAUGCGACGGUCUCUACUGAAUCUGAUACGUGAAAUUGUCCGCCGACUAUACACCGAGUUAGUGGCCGAGCAAUACAACGACUAUAUUCAAACCCUGCUGUCGCCGGAUGCACUAACACAACAGGUGACAGACCUUGUUCAACGUUUCUGGCCAGAUGGACGAUGGAGCCCUGGUGGUGCAAGCCGGACAGAUGGAGAGAUAGAGGCUACAAGACGCCAGGCGCGUACUUUACUUAUACAGGAUGCUAUUCCUAAUGCUCUCCGUCAGUUGAUUGGUGACCAGAAUUGUAGUUUGUCGAUGGAACGCGUGUGGCAAAGAUUACAAGAUCCAGCUCUUAAUCGUGUUGUUAUUCUUCAGUUGCUCGAGCGUACGCUUAAGCCGAUCUUUGAUGCUCGUAAGUCUCCCACCACCAGAGCGAAGCUUUUACAGAGUAUGGUAACCCAACUUGAAUUAACGGUCACUUACAAGCAGAGUGCACGCUCCCCCUCUAGUCACUUGUAUUUUCCAUUACUCGAACGAGAUUCAAAAAGCACUGACAACACUCAAGAAGCUCCAUCUUUGUAUGUUAUGGACCACUUCCUCUUUCUUAUUAUGGAUUACCACAAUGCUAAGCUUGAACAGUACGCAAGGAAGUCUCCUUCUUCUGAAGAUCAAAGAACAAGAACCUAUCGGUUUUGCCUAACAAUAGAUGAUUCUACAACUAAUGAAAAGGAAUCAAGUGAUCAUCGCUUUUUCAAUCGUCUUCAGCACUAUAACUAA